UGGAGGAAAACCAGCUGUGCCCCUUCCAGUAUAUGUUAGAAGGGAUUCGUUCAUCUAUCAAAUACAGUUCAGUUCGAUGAAGUCACAUAUAUAUAUUUUCGCGAAACUGUCAAUUUAAUCUGAUAUAGUUAAACCUACAACUGAAGGACAUUGCACACGCAUAUAUGAUAUGGUGAUCAUCUCUUAUCAAUGAUAAACAAGAACAUUUUUUCUUAAAAAUGAUUAUCAUGAUGCAAUGGAGAAGUUUCCACUGAAGGGUACAGCAUCUUUAAAUUCUGCAAUCCCUCAUUCAAGUUCAAAUGCUAUUACAACAUAUCACUCAGUUGAUGCUAAGAAUAUAAAGUAUGGUGAUACUACUAAUACAGAAGAUGUACGGUUACGAACUGGAUCUGUAAAACGUGAGACAAAUUUAAGUAGUGACGACGACAUGUUGGACAUCAAUCAUCAUACAUCUCAUUCAGAUAACAUCUUGUCAGAUUGUGUUCGCAUCGAUGAUGCAUCUUCCCAUAUUUCAGUUGACUCUGACGAUAUACCCGGCAUCGGGCAAUACGAUGACUUUCAUACGAUCGAUUGGCAACGAGAUAUUGCACGAGAUCGUAUGCGACAUCGAUAUAUUGUAAAGAAGAAACAUGAUUCCAUCUGGGGCUUAAUAAAGGGAGCUCACGAUGCGUGGUCUGGAUGGCUGUGCGUUUUACUGGUCGGACUAUUUACGGGCGUAGCGGCCGGUGUGAUAGAUAUUGGCGCUUCCUGGAUGACAGAUCUCAAAUUCGGUAUCUGUCCGCAAGCCUUCUGGUUAAAUAAAGAGCAAUGUUGUUGGAGUUAUAAUGAGACUACGUUCGAUGGUGGAAACUGUUCGCAGUGGUGGACGUGGCCCGAAGUAUUCAAUCAAUCAAAAGAGGGCGCAGGACCUUAUACUAUUUCAUAUUUAUUUUAUAUAGCGUGGGCCCUUUUAUUUGCAUCACUUUCUGCAUCUCUAGUGCGAAUGUUUGCACCUUACGCUUGUGGUUCUGGUAUACCCGAGAUAAAGACGAUUUUAAGCGGUUUUAUUAUCCGCGGAUAUCUAGGUAAAUGGACAUUGAUUAUCAAAUCAGUAGGUCUGAUUCUUUCUGUAUCAGCGGGCUUAAGCUUGGGAAAAGAAGGUCCUAUGGUACAUAUUGCAUGCUGUAUAGGAAAUAUAUUUUCAUAUCUAUUCCCAAAAUAUGGUAGAAAUGAAGCAAAGAAGAGAGAGAUUCUGUCCGCCGCAGCUGCAGCAGGAGUUUCCGUCGCCUUCGGUGCUCCAAUCGGUGGUGUUUUAUUCAGCUUAGAAGAGGUCAGCUAUUACUUCCCAUUGAAAACUUUAUGGCGAUCCUUCUUCUGUGCCCUGAUAGCUGCCUUCGUGUUACGUUCCAUUAAUCCGUUUGGAAAUGAACAUUCAGUAUUGUUUUAUGUGGAAUAUAACAAACCUUGGAUAUUCUUUGAAUUAAUUCCUUUCGUAAUGCUCGGAAUAAUUGGGGGCGUAAUAGCGACGUUAUUUAUCAAAGCGAACCUGUUUUGGUGUCGAUAUCGUAAAACUUCGAAAUUGGGGCAAUAUCCCGUUACUGAAGUACUAAUUGUAACAGUGGUAACAGCAGUGAUAGGAUAUCCUAAUCCAUAUACAAGGAUGAGUACCAGUCAACUCAUUUACUUAUUGUUCAGCCAAUGCGGUGUAUCCAAUGCGGAUAUGUUAUGUGACUAUAACAGGAAUUUCACUGCUGUGAAAUCUGCGAUUGAGAUUGCCGCAGCUGGGCCAGGGGUUUAUAAAGCUAUAUGGCUACUUGUGCUGGCAUUGAUACUGAAACUUAUCAUGACGAUAUUCACGUUCGGCAUGAAAGUACCGUGCGGCUUAUUUAUUCCAUCCUUGUGUCUGGGAGCAAUCAUGGGUCGCAUCGUGGGCAUAGGAAUGGAACAGCUUGCUUAUAAUUAUCCUCACAUAUGGAUGUUUAGUGAGGAAUGUUCUACAGGUGUCGAUUGUAUUACACCGGGAUUAUACGCAAUGGUCGGAGCUGCUGCCGUUUUAGGAGGUGUGACUAGAAUGACAGUGUCUCUGGUUGUUAUUAUGUUCGAAUUAACGGGUGGCGUACGAUACAUCGUACCUUUGAUGGCCGCGGCCAUGGCGAGUAAAUGGGUCGGCGAUGCUCUGGGAAAACAAGGCAUUUAUGAUGCACAUAUUGGUUUAAAUGGUUACCCAUUUUUGGACAGUAAAGAUGAAUUUCAGCAUACAACUCUGGCGGCGGAUGUCAUGCAACCUAAGCGAAAUGAGGCUCUUCAUGUUCUUACCCAAGACUCCAUGACAGUUGAAGACGUAGAGAACUUGCUUAAGGAAACUGAGCACAAUGGUUUUCCUGUUAUAGUUUCUAAGGAAUCUCAAUAUCUCGUUGGUUUUGUUUUACGACGGGAUCUAAAUCUUGCUAUCGCUAAUGCCAAGAGGAUGAUUGAAGAAAUUACCAGGCAAUCAUUGGUUAUAUUUACUAAUGGAAACAAUAUUCAGAGCCAUUCUCCUCCGCCUUUAAAGUUAAAGAAAAUCUUAGAUAUGGCUCCUAUCACUAUCACAGAUCAAACUCCUAUGGAAACUGUAGUUGACAUGUUUAGAAAAUUGGGAUUACGUCAAACUCUAGUUACUCAUAAUGGGCGACUUCUAGGUGUAAUCACGAAAAAAGAUGUUUUAAGGCAUGUCAAGCAACUAGAUAAUGAAGAUCCGAAUUCUGUUUUAUUUAAUUAAACAUUAUGCCAUCGGAUAACGUUGAAUUA